CCUCUGCCGUACGAUGGCUACCGUACCGGCGGCGCUGAUUCCACGAGCCGGGAGCCUUUUAGGGCGAGCAGCAGGACGAGCGCCUAGGCGUCAGUGAUCCCCUUUGAUUUCUCUCCUCCUCCUUGGAUCCAUUUCUCCGCCCUUUCCAGUCCAUCCCUCGAAGAAUCCAGCCCCCGCCCCGGCGCUCUCCUCCGAUGUUUCGAUCGGCCGUCAAGGCCUUGGCAGAUCGGCGUGGGGGCAGCGCCGCCGUGAGCAGCAGCUCCUUGUGCUCCAAUGCCUCGAUCGCAUUCGCCGCCCCGGGCAAUCUCUCCAGGUACCUCCUCCCCACGAUAUUUCGCGAUUCCUUCUCCUCGGCGGCGCUCCCGGCGGUGGAUCUCGACGCGACCUCGAUCGACAGAGCGCCGGAGCACGACGCCAAAUCCAAGGGCGGCGGCGCCGCCUCCAGCUCCGCCAAAAGGCCCGCCUUCACGGAGCUUGUGGCGACCAAGAAGGGCCAAAAGCCGCGAGUGGUGGUGCUGGGCACGGGCUGGGCAGCGUGCCGCCUCCUCAAGGAUCUCAACACUGACGUCUACGACGUGGUUUGCAUCUCGCCCAGGAACCAUAUGGUUUUCACGCCGCUUCUGGCAUCGACAUGCGUCGGGACGCUGGAAUUUCGAUCGGUCUCGGAGCCCGUUCGAAGCAUCCAGCCGGCGCUCUCCAGGUCCCCGGAUUCCUACUACUUCCACGCCUACUGCACCAGCAUAGAUCCCAUGAACCACGCGGUAUACUGCGAAGCUCUGGAUGACGAAGGCGUGACCGAAGGGAACUGGAAGUUUAAAGUUUGCUACGACAAGCUGGUGAUCGCGUCCGGGGCCGAGCCUUCCACUUUUGGGAUCAAGGGCGUGAACGAGUACGCCACUUUUCUGCGAGAAGUUCCUCAUGCCAGAGACAUCCGCCGGCGUCUUCUUCUCAAUCUGAUGCUCUCUGAUAUUCCUGGUGUUCCGAUCGAAGAGAAAGAGAGGCUUUUGCAUUGUGUUGUUGUUGGCGGCGGUCCUACUGGCGUUGAGUUCAGCGGUGAGCUGAGCGAUUUCAUCAGACGCGACGUGCACGAGAAGUAUUCCCAUGUCAAGGAAUACGUUCAUGUCACUCUCAUUGAGGCGAAUGAGAUCCUCUCGUCAUUCGAUGUUCGAUUGAGGCAAUAUGCCGUGAAUCAUCUAAGCAAGUCCGGCGUAAAACUUCUCAGAGGAGUCGUGAAGGAAGUAUUCGCCGACAGGCUGAUUCUCAACGAUGGGUCAACAGUCCCAUAUGGUGUACUAGUGUGGUCGACUGGGGUUGGGCCUUCAAAUUUCGUGAAGAAGCUCGAGUUUGAGAAAUCUCCUGGUGGAAGAAUUGGAGUUGACGAGUAUAUGCGAGUUCCUCAGUUCGAGGACGUCUACGCCAUUGGAGAUUGUGCUGGGUAUCUCAAGUCGACAGGAAAGCCCAUCCUCCCUGCUCUAGCUCAAGUUGCUGAAAGACAAGGGAAGUACUUGGGCGCUGCUUUGAAUUCCUUGGCACUGGCUGGUGGUGGCCGAGCAGGGGCGGCUAAAACCACCAAGCUUGGUGAGCCUUUCGUGUACAGACAUCUUGGGAGUAUGGCGAGUGUGGGUCGAUACAAAGCGCUGGUUGAUCUGCGCGAGAAUAAAGAUGCCAAGGGGCUUUCUUGGGCUGGUAUCUUGAGUUGGUUGGUGUGGAGAUCAGCAUAUUUAACUCGGGUUGUAAGUUGGAGAAAUCGCUUCUACGUUGCUGUCAACUGGGCAACAACGUUUGUGUUUGGACGAGACAUUUCAAGAUUUUGAGGGUCUUUUUAAAUUUAUUUAUUUAUUUAUUUUUUUGUAGUUUAGGGCGUAGUUUGUAACGUAACUUUUAUUCUUUUCUCUAAGUAAAAUAAAACAUAUUCAAAUUUU